CGGCAAAACUUCUUGUCCCUUCCACCAUUUUAUUUUAUUUUGCUCUCCAAGUCUCUGUAUCAUUUGAAAUUUUGGAGCUCAGCUGAGAAAUAUUUGCAGUCAUGGAAGAAAACCCACAACAGCGUUCUCAUCUCAAGCGCCAAUUCUUCGAAGACCAACACUCCAACAAGCCUCCCGCGCAAAAGAGGGUUAGGUUUCCCAAGGGAAAAAAGGUAAAGCCUGGAGAAGAAGCACCGAACAGAGUUGAUAUUGAAGACGGUUCAGGUGACUUGAAGGAUCCUUGUCUCGCCGCUAAGGAGCGGGCCAAACGCCGCAGUCAAAUUACUACGGAGCUAUUUGCUGAAGAUGGGAGAGGAAUGCUUAAUGAUGUAUCAGCUGCUGAAAUUUCAUAUGAGGAUAAUGAGAACUUCGUUGAUGAUGGAGUUCAAAUAGAACCUUUCAAUCUUAGCAAAGAAAGAGAAGAAGGAUACUUUGAUGCAGAUGGAAACUUUGUUGAAUAUGUUGCUGACAAGGAAAUCAAGGAUGCCUGGCUUGAUAGUGUUGAAGUUGAUAUAAAAUAUACAGGAAAAACAUCUGUAACCACAAAAGGUGAAGAUAAUGAAGUUGCAGCACAGGAUCUUUCCACCCAAGACGUUGGGAUAAUAAAGAGACGGAUUGCCAAUGUGCUUGAACCUGGAGAAACGGUUUUGCAAGCCCUGAGAAGGUUGAAAGGAGCUUCAAAUAAGAGAAAGGAGAAAAUGUCAGCUGAGACUCAGCUUGUAUUUGAUCAGCUAACUGAAGAUGCCAUUAAGUUAAUGGAGAAUGGCGACUACAAUGUGUACCAUGAGAAGCAAGAGGUUUUCCAGCGCGAGGCAGAGGGAUAUGAGAAGUUAGCUCUGGCCAGGGACAAAAGCUUAUCUGCUAAUGCUGGGCUGGACAAUUCUUAUCCCAUCUUGGGAAAUGACGUACUCACAGAUGCAAAUAAUCAUGGAGCAACGUCCUCUGUACUUACUGACUUGGCUGUGGGUACUUCAAAUUCAGAUCUAACUUCUGCAGAAGCUUCAAACAAUGCUGCCGAAAGUUACGAUAUUUUUGCAGAUGAUGAAGAUGACGAAAAACCAUCAUCUGAGCCUAAUUCCACUGCAGCUGUUCAAUCAUCAUCAGAAGCUGUAAACACUUCCUCCGAGACUGGAGAUGUCCAAAAUGAUUAUGUCUAUGACGAGUCUUCAGGGUACUACUACAGUAGCACUUUGGGAUAUUAUUAUGACCCAUCUACUGGAUUAUUUUGCUCAGCAGCAACAGGGCAAUGGUAUUCUUUUAAUGAGACAACUGGAACAUAUGAUGAAGUUAAGGAAGUUGCAUCUUAGUAUAAAUUUGAUCCUGAGUUGCUCUUGCGGUGGAAGAUGUCGUACAGGCUAUCGAGUAAGUCCAAUGUGUGAAACUCUCAUCUUUCAAGUAUGUUCCAUACGUUAGGCUCCUUACCUUUUAUUGCCUUUUGAUGUCUCUAACCUUAAUAGUUACAAUGCUGUUGUAGUUAUUAUGAGUUCGAACUUGAGGCCUAGUCUAGCUAGUUUUCGAGGUCAUUCUUAGAGGUUGCAGCUUCUCAUGUACCCGAAAACAAUCAUAUUUUAUCACUUAGGAACUCCUUUGAAUUAGUUUUUGAGUUCUUAGACUCAUGGGAAAUUUAUCUGAGUGUUUUGACAAUUUUCCUUUUUUCUCUUCUAGUCUUCUACGAGUUUGUAAGUUGUAUUCUCUAACAUUCAGCCAUUCAGAAAGAAGCUUUUGCAAUUGCAGAUGCUUAUGUGGUUACACUGCAAUUCUAGACGUAA